GUUUGACCGUUCAUAUAGUACGUUUCACAAUAAAAACAUUCGAUUCGAUGAUGAAAUUGAUUCACGCGCGUUUUUUCUCUGCAAUUGGUUAGAAAUUUAAUUGUUUUUUCAAAAAAUGUCCGAUUCUGAAUUGUUUUCUGAGGACAAUUGUGAGAUCGAAGAUUGUGUUCCAUCGACUCAACUUGAUGAUAAGCUCAUUUUCAAACUUUUGGAUGAUGAUGUCAAUAAUGAAGAAACUCUUCUCGAAUUAAGUCAUCGUGAUGAUUUUCCCUGUUACAUCUUGAAUGCAAUGCAUUAUAAUGAUGAUUAUCUCAUUGGAAUAACAAAUCUAAUUCGAAGAUUGAUGAAGAUUGACCAUGAAUCGGUUAAUCGUUGGGUCGGUUUAGAACAAUUGGAUGGGGAUGGUGAUGAAGUUGUUUCAAUAUUUUCUUUCUUUUUUAAACUUUUCGGUGAACAAACCGAAGCAUUUGCCUAUCCUGAAGUUAUCGAAUAUAAAGAUUUAAAAUUUAGUCUUUAUGAUUAUGUUGCAUCCAUACUUUGCGCUUUCAUUUUGACACUAAAUGAAGAACAAUUCGAAGAAGCUGAAGAAUUUUUAUUUGAUAAAUUAUUCUCUUCGGAUCCAAUCAAAGCUUUAAUGGCCUCGGAUAUCAUUUGUUUCAUGUGUCGAGUUUCAAAACCAUUUGCAUUGGACAUGGCUGAAGUUUUGUUCAAAACAAUGAGUGAAAUCUGGUUUGAAGAUGUCAAAACCGCCUCAUCGGAACAUCAAUCGAUACUGCAAGUUUUGCAAUUUACCUAUCAAAUUUUGUUGAAUCUAUCGAAACGUAUUUUUAAAUUCAUUGAUAAAGCUCAUUUUGAUAAAUUAGAUCAAUCAUGUCCUCAUCAUACCAAUCUAAUGAUUUGGAAUAAUUUCGAUUUCAAGAUUGAAGAUAUCAUUGUGCCGAAAAAUAAGCGCGUUCUCUAUGAAAAAAUUUAUAAUCACACAAAAUUCAUUGACGUAAAACCCGAUGAUUCAAUUAUUUAUUCACUGGUUAAAAAUUUCUUCAAUUCAACCAACGAAUAUGAUGCAUUGUUACAUCUAAGACUUCUGAACAAUAUCAAGACCUUUUUGAGUUAUUCCAAUUUCAAUAGUAUAGUGUUUAAAAUCAAAAACCUGUUGCUUUCUUCGAAUCAACUAUCCCAAUAUCGGUUGGAAUUUUCCAUUGGCUGUUUGAAAUUGUUAAAUGCUUUGGCCAAUGCCAAAGAUGAAAACUAUAAAAAAUCAUCUUUCAACAUUAAUUUAUAUCAAGUUAUUGUCGCUUUAUUCGAUGAAUGCAACAACGAUUUUGUGAGCAAACUUUAUUAUUUUGCCACAUUACCAAACAUUUUCCAAAAUCCAUUAUUCGCCAAUAUUUUGGCUAACCUAAAAGAUUCUCGAAUCAAAACAUAUCUCAUUUUUCAAAUCAAAUAUUAUCAAGAUAAAAAAUCAUUGCUACAAGAUGAAAAAGAAAUUUAUAUGAAACAAUUGUAUAAAACUGAUGAACUUUCUAUACCAUUCGAAGCUCGAUACAAAUAUAUCGAUUCCGAAAUCAAAGACAUUCCAAUCGAUGAAUUAUCUUUUGAUCAUUUUAAUCUCUUUCGAAGAAAUGAAAAUCUUUCAGUUGUAAAAAACGAACAAUUGAUUAAAGAAUUUCGUUUGUUUAUUGAAAAAAUGAAAAAUAUCCAUUUCGCCAAUGAUGAAGAACGGCAAAAAUUUAUGCUACUAUACAAUGAGUUGGGUGAAAUUUUCAAACAAAAGUGAUAAUCAUAAUCAAUCAUCAUCGUCGUCGUUUCGUAAACCUCCAAAAACUUCUUUUGGAACCAUUUUUUGUUCAAUUUCUGUUUCAAAUUUAAAUAAAAAAAAUAUGUCAAAGUUG